UCCGAAUCCUACCAAUCGGCGCCUUUGGUCAGGUCCGGCCCGAGCUUUCUAUUGGUUCAGGCGCGCGUCAUUCUCGGCCCAGGACUUUCCUCGCGCUUCCCAUUCAUGCAGUUUGGUUGAGUGUUGGUGUAUUUUACUGUUUGCAAUAAAGAAGGGGGGGAUUUUUUUUUUUAAAUUUAAAAAAAAGAAAAGAAAAGGUUCAGGGUGGGUUUUUUUUUUUUUCGUGUGUGUGUGUGUGUGUGUGUUUUGUUUUUGCUGCUGCUGCCGCCGCCGCCGCUGCCAUUCGCUCGUGGUGUUUUGAUACAGUUUUGCAAAGAAAGAGACUUUUUUUGUUUUUGUUUGUUUGUUUUUUAAAAAAAAAAAAAACCAACCUAACCAACCAACCAAAAAAAAUCAGGCCUUUUUUUUCUCAAAAAAAAAAAAAAGCGGGUUUUGUUUUGCGCGCGGUGCUUUGAUUCUCCCCCCCUUUUUUUUUCUCUCCCCCCCCCACCUUCAUCUUUUGCAUUUGUUUCGAGGGGAGGGCGACCGCCUUUUCCCUCCUCCCCCUUUGCAAAGAUCCGCAUCUCGUUCUGAUCUGCAACCAACACUUUCAAAAGGAUCAACUAUGCCCAAAAGAAAGGCUGCAGCUGAAGGUGAAAUAAAGGAGGAGCCAAAGAGACGAUCGGCUAGACUGUCUGCUGUGAGUAAGCCUGCUCCACCCAAACCAGAGCCAAAGCCGAAAAAGGCGCCGCCGAAGAAAGAAAAAGGGGGAAAUGAUAAGAAAGAGGACAAAAAGGUAGCAACAAAAGGGAAGAAAGGAGCCAAAGGAAAAGAUGAAACUAAGCAAGAAGAUGCUAAAGAAGAAAACCACUCUGAGAACGGAGAUACCAAAACUAACGAGGCACCAGCUGCUGAAGUAUCUGAUGUCAAGGAAGCCAAGUCCGAGUAACAGAUUAUAAACCCUCUUCAUUUCCAUCAUUUGGUAUUCGUACCUCCAUACUGUAUUGUUAAGAGAGGAAUAUUUUUAUCAACUAUUUUAUAAAUGCAGGUUUUUUUAGCAUGAAUUUAAUCAUGGAACAUCUUCAUCUCGGUUACUUGGACUUCAAAACCAACCAACCAACCAACAAAAAGAAAAAAGAAAGAAAAAGAAAAUCAUUGUUUUUAAAAUUUUGUGAUUGUCAUAGUUUGUAUGGUACCCGGAAAGAAUCAGUGGUGGUAGCUAUUGACUUCUAUCAGUAUAUAAUCCCUUUGUGUGUCAGUCAUACGGAAUUCAGAUUUUAAUUUUACCCUUGUUGCGUGUUGUAUGGUUUCUUAACGUGGGGAGGUCUAAAACAAAAAUACACACAAAAAACCACAAUUGCGUCAGACAUUCCGGUGGUUCUGUGACUUGCUUUUAUAAAGAAGGUGAGAUAUUUUCAUGAAAAAUCUUAAGAAGCUGGAAACUUGUUGUAUCCCAAAUGUAGUUUUAUUUUGUCACAUUUUGGAGAAUAAUAUUAAAAUAUGUAAUCAUGUUUUUAAAUGAAAUACAAAAAAAAAACUUUUAAAAAAGAGAAGGACAGGUUUGACUGAAUAUACCCACUGUUAGGAAUUUUGCUGGAUUUAUCUUAAUAAAAUGUCUCCUCAAAAGA